CUGCUCUUCCUCUCCCCCGACCCUCUGCAGCCGACGAACCCCCCAGCCACCGCCACCCAUUUUUCCGGCCGGAAAUCCGGCAAAGCUUGGGGAUUUCUCCCUAUUUUCUUGUCUUAGAACACCUAGUAAACCCAGAAAUUCCCCCUCUUUGCUGGAAAUUCCAGAUCUGCGCUGUCUUCUUCCCUUUGUCCGUCGGCCUCUGCUUGUGUGGGUGUGAAUUCUCGGCUUUUCUGGUAAGAAACAGCCAUGAUUUCAUCCUUUUAGCUUUGAUUAAGUUGGGUUCCUUUAAUUUUGGGUAAAUCCCGUGAGUUCCUGCAGAAUUUCCCCCAAAUUGCCGUCGGCUUCUUCUCCCUGCCAGCUACGGUUUGCUUGCUGGAAUUCUGGUUUUGAUCGUUCUGUCACCGUAGCACUUGGGUUAGCCUUCUGUUCUGUGCGAGUGAGGUAAGUAAGUUAUGGUAAAGCCCUUUGAUUUUAAAGCAUGUUUUAAACUGUUUUUGAGAUGGUGGCAAGCUUUAAAUUGAUUUUAUCGGCAUUUGAGUGUGAUUAAACUGGAAUGCAAAUUGUGAUGGGUUUUAUGGGAAAUUUCCUUGUUUUUCUGAAAUUGAGCAUGAUUGGAACGAAAAUGAGGAUUUUAUUGAUUUUCUGGAAUUGAACAUGAUUGAAAUGAAAAUGAGAGUUUCAUUGUUUUUCGGGAGUUGAGCAUGCCUAUUUAGAAAUUGACUGAACUGUUUUGAUGAACUGAGAGUUUGCAAAUUCUGAGUUUUCUGUUAAAUCCAUGGUCACAUGGAAAUUUCCGGUUUGUUCUGAAAUUUGGGAUUGAUUGUGAAAUUGGGGUUUUUCUGUAAAUCCUGCAUGGUUUUGUCUCGGAUAUAGUCAUGAUUACUGACGCUCGCUAGUGGGAGCUGUAAACGCUAGCACAUGUCGACAUGUAUUUCUGUGGAACCGGUUCACCUUGCCGAUGGGGUUAAACAUUGGCACUAUUACUGACGCCUGCCAGUGGGAGUUUGUAAACACUGGUACUCCUGAAACCCUGCCGAUGGGGUUAAACAUUGGCACUAUUACUGACGCCUACCAGUGGGAGUUGUAAACACUGGCACUAUUACUGACGCCUACCAAUGGGAGUUUGUAAACAUUGGUACCAUUACUGACGCCUGCCAGUGGGAGUUUGUAAAUACUGGCCAUGACUUAUAGAUGAGACUAUUGAACUGAGUUUUCUUCUGCAUGUAACGGUUUGUCAUGAAACGUUUUGUUAUUGAACUGAAUCUGAUUUCCGCAUUAAUGGUUUAUAAUUAAAAGUCUGUUACGCUUACAUGGUUUAUCUGGCAUGCUUCAAAGUUUUACCCAAGGGCUAUCCAUAUUUACUUACUGAGUUUAUCUCAUAGUUUUUCUUGUCCACCAUUUCAGGAAGCGAAACCAAGGACGGGGGAAAUCGAGGGGAGUGACGAGAUAGAAGGCUAGUCACCUGGAAUUUGAUAUAGAUUUUAGAUACAGAUUAUGAUCUUGUAAACUAGAGUGUAUUUGAAGAUUUUAUGAUGUCAGAGCAGAUUGUAAAAAUUUUAUCUUGAGAUUUGGUUGUAUCAGAUUGUGAAUUGGAUAAGUUUCGAGCUUUGUGCAUUCGUGGGACCCGUCUCACGAGUGCACGGCGUCUGUCGCGUCUCCAGAUUUGGGUUCUGGGGCGUGACAUGGUCCCUCUAAAUAUUGCCUACAAAGUUGAAGAACAAGGUUAACUCAAAGCAAUAACAUUAAAAUAUAUUC